AUGCCACCGCCCCAUUCCCUUCCUCCAAUACCCGCCCUCUUCCACACCCGCAAAUCCGCCAUCCUCUCCCACCUCUCCACUCCAGCUGAGACCUAUACGGACGCGUCCCCCAAAGGCUCUGUUGAUGCUGGGAUAGUCGGAUUGAUAGAUAGGAUCAAUGCUAUUGAGGGGCUGGUGACGACUAGUAGCUGUGCUGGACGGAUCAGUGUAUUUGUCGAGGGCAGGAAAGGGACUGGGAAGAAGAGCGGGCGGAAGUUGAGGAAUGGAAGAAAUGAAGUGAGAGAAAGCCAGAAGCCGGAGAGCGAGAACGACAGGGUGGAUGAGAAGAGCACUGAUGGAUAUCUGGAAACGAGUGGGAAGGAGGAUAGGCAUCAAAGUCGUCCUGAACAAAAUUCGACUUUAGUGCAGCAUGGAAAUGGCAGUGGUGUGGACAUAGAAGGUGUUCCAGUGGAUACUGAACGUGGCCAGGACAUUAAUGGCAAGGCGGAUAAGAAGGGUUUGAGUAAGGAAAGGAAGGGAGUGCCUGGAGGCAAAGGCAAUGGCGGGCGCUGGCUCUUCGUCUCCCACGAGGCAUUAAGCAAAGAGAAGAUCGAAGGUAACCUGGCUCAAUUGCUUGGUCUACCAGAAUUAGACCGGAGUGAUAAAAAAGAGGGAUUGGAUGAAAAUAUGGAAGAGAGAAGAUUAGUGAGAUUUCAAUUCGAGCCUAUGAUCCUCCACGUAAUGUGUGCUUCUCUGCACCAUGCACAGCAUAUCUUAAGCUCUGCCAUUAAUGCUGGAUUUCGAGAGAGCGGUGUCCAGAGCCUCAAAAAUCUAAAUGAUGAGAAUGCAUUUCCCAUGGUCGCUCUAAGGACUUCCGGGUUAGCAUUCGAAUCUUUGGUUGCAUACGUCGGAGAAGAUGAGAUUGAGCAGGAGACCAUCCGAAGCCUCGUUGAUGAAACGUAUCUACGAAUUUUGGUGCAGAUCGCUAAUGAACGAUUCGGGACUAACGCUGAGAGAAGACGUAGGUUUGAAUCAUUACUGGCCUCCUCUAAGGGCGUUUUACGAGUCUCUGAUCCAGCUGAAAGACAAAUGCUUAAAAAAGCCGAGGGUUUAAAAAGACAAGUUGAAGUUCGUAACGGUCGUCAUAGUGGAAUUGAAAGUUAUACCGGCAAGGCAGACGUCAUUCUCAUGGAUCUUAUGAGCUUGGAUGGAGAUUGUCAAUGUUGA